AUGGAUAGACAAUAUCAGUUAUUCAGUCAAUUACUUAUGAAAACAAAAAACAAGAAUAAUAAUAACAACUAUAAUAAUGAAAAUAAUGAUAAUCAUAGAUUUGUAAAUCUUCCACAUAUUAUAUUAUUAAGAAUAAUAAAAGAAAUUGAAAAUGAUAUAGAUAGAGUUUGUUUUAGUUUAGUUUGUAAGAGGUGGUUUGAUCAACGAAACUGCUAUCUCUCUUUUAACUGUAAAGAUUUAAUAUUAGAUAGAUCUCAUAUGAUUAAGAAUAUUAAAUAUUUUACUUUGAAAUCUUACAUAAAUCUAUUCCAAUCAAGACUUGAUCAAAUAUUAAUACCAUCCGAAAGUAUUGUUGAUUAUCCAAGGAAUCAAUUACCAUUGAAACACGAUAGAUUACCUUUGAAUAUAAAGGAAAUCAUAUCGUACUAUCCGAUCAGACAACAUAUAUUACCAUUGGCAUUGGAAAGAUUAGAAAUACAAUUAACAAAUGAAAUUUAUCAAAAAAUAGAUAUCGAUGUUUCGUUGUUACCCAGAUCACUCAAAGCUCUACAUCUAUUUGGUAUUCAGCCUUUUCAACCAAUCGAUAUCAACAAACUACCACCUUCACUCGAAGAAUUCAAAUGUCAAACUGUGAAUGGCAACGAUAUGAUACACACAACACAAUUACCGUCGACACUCAAGAUUCUUGAACUAUCGCAUUGUGUACAGUUCCUGAAGCAUCUACAAUCACUUCAUACACUCCACCUGCAUAUAACUAAUAGUAGCGAUACUUGGGAAAUCGGUGAUAUUCCCGAGAGUGUCACUCAUUUGACAAUCGAAUCCAAUACCAUCAAAUUCAUUGUUAAGGAGAUGCUUCCCAGCAAACUAAAGUAUUUAAAAUUGAUACAUUACUUUGAAUUCAAAAAGAAUAUAUUCUCAGAGUUUCGACACUUGGAAACACUCGAUCUUUCAAUGCUAUCAAGAAAGGACCUUGCAUUUGAUAAACUACCAGAUCAACUAAAAGAAGAAACUGGAUUUAGAGCUACCGAUGUUAGAGUACUUGGAUUUGGGUGGAUUCAUUGGAGAGGUCAAAAGACUGAGAACUCCUUCACUUAA